AUGUCAAAUUCACAAACCCCUCAGCCCGACAGCUUGAUUGAAGCGGAAAAAUGCAAACAAUACUGGGAGACGGUUGAUUCAAGCGACAAUGGAAUGCUGGGUGGGGUUUUGUCCAUCAUGCCCUCUGUCUCUCGCAUCGACCUACAAGGUUCACGCACCUUUUUGGCGAGAUUAAACAUUGGAAUCAAGACGGGUAGACAAAGAAUACCAAGAGUUCUUGAAGGAGGCGCAGGUAUUGGCAGAAUUACAGAAGGACUUUUACUCAAGCUCGCAGAUCAAGUAGAUGUUGUCGAACCAGUCGUUAAGUUUACAGACGUUUUGAAGGGAAAGCCAGGCGUGGGCGAAAUUCACAACGUCGGCUUGGAACAAUGGCGUCCUUCAGAAGGAGCAUUAUAUGACCUGAUUUGGAUCCAGUGGUGCAUCGGCCAUCUCAAGGAUGAAGAAGUGGUUCAAUUCUUGGAGAGGUGCAAGUCAGUUCUGGACAAGAAGCAUGGAAUCAUCGUAUUCAAGGAGAAUUUGAGCACAUGGGGCCAGGAUAAGUUUGAUGAGCUGGACAGCAGUGUCACAAGGGAGGAUGAAAAGUUUCAACAGUUGUUCAAGAGGGCUGGGUUAAAGAUUAUCAAGUCCGAUAUGCAACGCGGGUUCCCGGUUGUUAAGAAUAGGCAGCUGCUUCCUUUGAAGAUGUAUGCUCUGCAACCGGAGAGUACAACAAAAACAUAG